ACAGUGUCAGGAAUGGAUCUGCCCAGGGUUGGAAGCCUUUCAUUACAGCAGUGGUCAAUCAACUCACUAUCAACUUGAGGCGUAUUCAUGGCAUGGGAGUUAAAAAAAUAGUUGUGAACGCUUUACAGCCUUUAGGAUGCGUCCCUUCAAAGACAGCCAUAUCCUCAUUCCAACAAUGCAAUGAAACGGAAAACUCUCUCGUCGUUUUCCACAACCUGCUGUUGCAGCAAGCCGUGGCAAAGUUAAACAGCGAAGCCAAGGAUUCUUAUCCUUUUGUCAUUCUUGAUCUUUAUGACUCCUUCCUCACAGUAAUCAAGAACAAAGGAGGUACACAGUUUGAGAACCCACUGAAGCCAUGUUGUUUUGGUAUAAGCAGCAAAUACAACUGUGGGAGUGUAGAUGAAAAUGGGGCCAAGAAUUAAUACACAGUUUGUGAGGACCCAGAAUCAGCAUUCUUUCUGGGACGGAGUUCAUCCUACUCAGGCGGGAUGGACUGCUGUGUAUUCUGCUUUGAGAGCCACUGAUCAUCUCCAACGUUAACUUCAUUAGAUUCACCAAAAAGAAGGGAGGAAAAUCAUCUUGUACGUGGUAAUAUUAUUGUUCGUAUUGUUUUAUAUAAUUCCUAGCUAUUUUCUGUCGUCCCGCGUACCGUCUUUGUUGUAUUGUGUAGCUGGCUGCAGGGUUCUAUCUCCUGAUCUGGGUUUGCGCUGCUAUUAUAUAGGAGGUGAUGCUUGGAGUCCAUGCCACUUUCUAAUGUAUAUCAUGAGUUAUUCUCUGUACGGAUAAACUCGUAAUAUUUAUAUAAAAAUAAUAAUUAAUAAAUUUUAAAUAAAUUAGUGAGACGAA